AUGCCGAGCGAAGCUCUGCAAAAGCAGGCCUGUACACGCGGCCGCGUUGCGUUGUAUCGUGUCGUCCCCACUUUCCUUCUUCGAGCGCGCGAUUGCGGCGGCGGCGGCGGCGGCGGUGACGGUGGCGAUGGUGGUGGCGAUGGUGGUGGCGAUGGUGGUGGCGAUGGUGGUGAUGGUGGCGAUGGUGGUGGCGAUGGUGGUGAUGGUGGCGGUGGCGGUGGCGGUGGCGGUGACGAUGGUGGUGGCGGUGGCGGUGGCGGCGACGGUCACGACGACGACGGCGACUAUCUGUCUCGCUUUGGUCAGAUAUUACUCGCCGUUGACAAUGGCACUGGCAUAAGCUAUGAGUUCUUGGCCGAAGAGGGCGAGAGACGAACGGGCCCUCUCGGCUCGGAGAUCCUGAAUGGUAAUGAUUAUAGCAAAUUGCUCCUGCUUGGCUUGGGGGUGCCUAAUAGCCACUCAGUGGGGCUGUUGAAACCGCGCGCCCCUUCGUUCAACCUUUGA